CAGUCACAAAGGUCACCGUUGGCCCGUUCCAUGGACCCUGGAGUGCGCCUUCCGAUUGCGGCGACGGUGCAGGCUCCUCUCCUGGCGACCAGCAGACAAACCUGUUUGUGGUAGGCUUCUUACCGUCACGGUGUCACCCAAGUCAACACGACGGUGGUGCCGUCAUUCAAAUCCCAGCAUUCGGGGUCGGGAUGCGUCCAUUCAAUUGUGCGGCGACAUAGCAUGUGCCUCCAACUGGAGCGGAGCUUUCCGAGCGAUCCCGGCUGACGCAAGAUCGACCCCGCGAUUAGCCGAGCCCACGCACCCUUGUGGCUGCGGGGCCGCACGGAGCUUGGGCCACCAUUCGCUUCGACGCCAAGCAACUCGGGCGCCAAGACACGCGAUUGCACGUCACUUGGCAUCUGGGAGUUUCCGCGACAAGCAACGACAGUUGACCCAAGCGAUAUCAUGUGAUGAUCAGACCGGAAUGCGCCAGCGCCAACCAGUACAAUGGUCCAACAACAUGUCUUGAAUUGGCUCUACAGCGUUCUGACAAGUGAAUAUCACGAUGUCAACCGAACCUACAACGAUGUCGCUCAGGCUCUGUCGCAGUAUCCGUCUCUGUCGCCCAGGACCGACGUCCACACGUUUCCGAACGGCGUCUCUGCCUUGCUCCUCCAUCUGUCAGGGACAAUACCGGUGCGGUUCCGCGGCACGACCUACCGCUUCCCCAUAUCCCUCUGGGUGCCCCACGCCUACCCUCGGGAGCCCCCUCUGAUCUACGUAACGCCGACCGAGACCAUGGUGGUGCGUCCGGGUCAGCACGUCGACCCACAGGGUUUGGUCUAUCACCCCUAUCUUGCCGGAUGGUCGACGUUCUGGGAUAAAUCCACGAUCCUCGACUUUCUCAGGAUCCUGCAAGACGUCUUUGCGAAGGAGCCGCCCGUGGUCGCGCGCCAGCAAGGGCCACCCCCUCCGAUGCAACACGCGCCGACUCCCCCUCCUGUCCCGCCGCUACCGCCCGACCUCGCCCCGAGACCUGCCAGCCGAGUGCAGUCGGAGGCCCCUGCAGAAGCCCGGCCGCCGCCGCCUCCGCCUAAACCUGGAACACAGGCCCACCCCCGAGCGCGGCCCUCGCCGGCGCCGCCACAAGCGACAGAUCCCGGUGUCCCUUCACCUCCACCGAAAAUCGGCGGUCCUGCAGCUCAGUCACUCGGGGACGGACCUCCGGGGCCGCAGCAGCAUUCGCCGAUGCCCGGGCAUUCGCGCUACGAGACGGCGCCACCGCUGCCGCCUCAAGCAGCACUUGCUUCACCUGAGCCGAGAGGACCGCCAUGGGCUGCACCUGCGCAGCAACCGCCUCCGUCCAACGUCGCGCAAUAUCAGGGACAUCCGCAGGCACCCGGAUUCCAGCCAGGCCCUCCUCAGCCUCCCUUCUCACCCGCUGAUCCCCGGAGAACGUCGACCUUCGUGCAACCCCAACCAUACAACACACCACCGCCGCCCUGGCAACAGGCCCCACCACCUCCUGCCCAGGUCCAGCCAAAGCCGAAGCCACCCCCUCCGCCCGACCUGAUGGAUGACGACCUAACCCUCCCAAUCCCCUCGCCAUCCUCCGUCCCGCCGCCGCCGAUCCCUCCCAACCCCGAGAAGGACCUGCUGCUGCACCGCCUCGCGCAAACGCUGCACUCGCACCGCCAAAAGGCCCGCGCGCAGAACGAUGCCUCGCUGCAAGGCCUCCGGGCGCAGCGCGUCGCCAUGCUGCAGGCCACGACAGCCCUGCAGGCCGAGUCGGCGCAGCUCGCCCAGCUCUCGGCGCUGCUCACGUCCAACACGGCCAUCCUGCAGGACAGCCUGCGCCAGGCGGAUGCGGUGAUCGAGUCGUCGGCGAGCCACCCGGAGCCGGACAUUGACGAGCUGCUGGUGGCGCCGACCGUGGUGGGGAACCAGCUAUACGAGCUCGUCGCCGAGGAGCGGGCGCUGGCGGACGCUAUCUUCAUGCUCGGCCGGGCGGUCGAGAGGGGCCGGAUUGCGCCACAGACGUUUGCCAAGAUGACCAGGGGGCUGGCGAGGGAGUGGUAUUUGAAGAAGGCGCUUGUGAAGAAGAUUGGGAAGGGGAUGGGGUUGGCGGGGUAAAAGGAUCCCAUCCGGAGAGGGCAGGACGAUACCUAAUUCAACCAGUUGGUACGAAUACGAUGGGGUAACGUUUGGCUGCGGUGUCAUCAGCUGGAG